AGCAACAAAAAAGUAGCCAACCAUGCCUCACUCCUUCGGUUCCCGCGCGCGGACGCGUCACCUGUUCUCGCAGAAGCACCGCCAGCACGGCGCGCCCAAUGUCUCGACCUACCUGAAGACCUUCAAGGUCGGAGACAUUGUCGACAUGGUCGGCAACGCCUCGAUCCAGAAGGGUAUGCCCCACAAGUUCUACCACGGCAAGACCGGCAUCGUCUUCAACGUUGCCCCCCGCGCCGUCGGUGUCCUUUGCUACAAGGUCGUCAACGGCCGCUACAUGGAGAAGCGUGUCAACGUCCGCAUCGAGCACGUCAAGCACUCCAAGUGCCGCCAGGAGUUCCUCGACCGUGUCAAGUCGAACGCCGCCAAGAAGCGUGAGGCCAAGGAGAAGGGCGAGACCGUCGUUCUCAAGCGUCUCCCCGCCCAGCCCCGUGAGGCGCGCCACGUUUCGAUCAAGAACAACGCGCCCGAGACCCUCACCGCUCGCCCCUACGAGACCACCAUCUAA